AGCAAAGUUAAUUCCUUCUCCCCCCCUCCACGCGCUCUCUCUCCUCCUCCUUCCCACAGCAGCAUAUGGUAAAGACGGUGCCCGGCGCACCAAACGCAGCCCGCGGGGAGCCGGGGGGUGCGGGGGAGGCGGGCGGCACGGGGAUGCCACCGCCCUGAGCUGCGACCGAACCGCCGGAGGCCGAGGGACGGGGCGGCCCCGCCGACAGUUCAGGAGAAGCUGUCAACAUGAAUGCUGCUGACAAUGGGGUCAGUAGCCUCUGUGCAAUAUGUGGAGACCGAGCAACCGGAAAACACUACGGUGCUUCCAGCUGUGAUGGAUGCAAGGGAUUCUUUAGGCGCAGCAUACGGAAAAAUCAUGUCUAUACAUGCAGAUUCAACCGGCAAUGUAUUGUUGACAAGGACAAAAGGAAUCAAUGCAGAUACUGUCGUUUAAAAAAGUGUUUUCGAGCAGGAAUGAAAAAAGAAGCUGUACAAAAUGAACGGGACAGAAUAAGUACCAGAAGAAGCACUUUUGAUGGCUGCAACAUUCCCUCUAUUAGCACGUUGUCACAAGCUGAGACACUCUCCCGUCAGAUCUCAGUGUCCAGUCCUGGUGCUAGCACUGACAUAAAUGUUAAGAAAAUUGCUGGUAUUAGUGAUGUCUGUGAAUCUAUGAAGCAGCAACUUUUGGUUCUGGUGGAAUGGGCUAAAUAUAUUCCAGGCUUCUGCGAAUUACCAUUGGAUGACCAGGUUGCCCUGCUAAGAGCACAUGCUGGGGAACACCUGUUGCUUGGAGCAGCAAAACGGUCCAUGGCAUAUAAGGACAUUUUACUUUUAGGCAAUAAUUACAUAAUCCAUCGCAACAGUACUGAAGUAGAGAUCAACCGAGUGGCAAAUCGGAUUCUAGAUGAACUAGUUCGACCCUUCCAGGAAAUUCAAAUAGACGACAAUGAGUAUGCUUGCUUGAAAGCCAUUGUGUUUUUUGAUCCAGAUGCAAAGGGCCUUAGUAAUCCAGUGAAGAUUAAGAACAUGCGGUUCCAAGUCCAAAUCAGUUUAGAGGAUUAUAUUAAUGACCGUCAGUAUGACUCCCGAGGAAGAUUUGGAGAACUUUUGCUUCUACUGCCUACACUCCAGAGUAUCACUUGGCAAAUGAUUGAGCAAAUACAAUUGGUUAAACUAUUUGGAAUUGUUAAAAUAGACAGUUUGCUUCAGGAAAUGUUACUGGGAGGUACUUCUAAUGAUGCCAGUCAUCUGCAUCAUCCAGUGCAUCCUCACUUAGCCCAAGAUCCAUUAACUGGCCAAACUAUCCUCAUAAGUUCAAUGUCUGCUCCUGUCCAUGGAGAACAGAUUUCAACUCCAGAAACUCCAUUACCUUCCCCUCCUCAAAGCUCUGGGCAAGAAUACAAAAUGUCUACAAAUCAAGCUUCAGUCAUUGCACAGCAAUCUAUUUUGAAACAAAAAUCUUUGUAAUAAAAUUUCUCCGUCUUGCCCUUCCUUCCUUCCUUCCUUCCUUCCUUCCUUCCUUCCUUCCUUCCUUCCUUCCUUCCUUCCUUCCUCCCUUCCUCCCUCCCUUCCUUCCUCCCUCCCUUCCUUCCUUCCUUCCUUCCUUCCUUCCUUCCUUCCUUCCUUCCUUCCUUCCUUCCUUCCUUCCUUCCUUCCUUCCUUCCUUCCUUCCUUCCUCCCUCUUUCUUUUUUAUGCACUAGAUAAAUUGGUGGGACACUUGAACAUUUAAAAUCUUGGGAUGAUAAAGGAAAUAACUUCCUCAGCAGCCACUACUGUGGGGGUUUUAUCUUAAAACACCUCGUGAUCUGGAAAGUAAUACUCACUAUUCUGACUGCUGUGUACAACUGUAACUGUGGACACUGCAGUCUGACAAAUAUGUAUAGACAUUGAUAUUAUUUUUAGAUCUUUUAACUGCACAGAUUAAUUUUUUAUUUCCUGUUUUAGUUGUGGUCUUAAUAUUAUUGUUUUAGAAGUGUAUAUUAUUUUUUCAUUGUGACGGAACUGCUUAGUGCUUGUUUAGCUGUGAAUUGUAGGUGUGAAAAAGUGAGAUAAUCAAACAAAAGCCAAGAUUCCUUAAAUAGUUAAAUAGUAGGCUACCAAACAAAGCACAUGUGUUAAAUAAAAAGGAAAAAAUAAAGGACAGAAAUACCCAGUUAAUUAAAAAAAAAAUCCUGAUUUGAAAGAAACAUCUCUUUCAAGUGAAAAUUCAACAAAAGCAUUGAAUCCUUCUUGCUUACCUAUUUGUAUGAAUCAGAGGGCCUGCCACAUGCAAAUACAUUAAGAACUUUUUAAAAAUCUGUAUAUACAGUAAUGUUUAUGUAAGUCAAUUGGACAGUGCCAAGGCAGGGAUUCAGGCAUUUCUGUUGCUAAAUUGUUAGAAGAGUGACUGGUACGCUUUUUGUUAAGGACUAGCUAGUACUCUCCCAAACAAUUUCUGGGCACAUUUUGGGAACUAGACCUGUCCAGACUACUGUUCACUAGGUGCUUUGGAUAUUGCCACCUCACUUUAGGGGGACAGUAAGUAUAGUUAGGAAUAUGGCCAGACCAUGCCACUUGACCUCAGGGCUGGACUUUGCACUAUUUGAUUUACUAGUGUAAAUGUAGGCAUCAUGUUUAUUUGCCUAUCUGGUGAAUGCUUGUUUCAGCAAUCCCUUUAAACUUCACCUACAAAGUACUUGAAGUUAUGUAGUUGCUCUGUGUCUGGAGAGGUAUGGCUUACUAACUCAACCAGCAGAUGUGCCUGAGUUAUGCUCCAGAUGUUCCUGGUAUUUCAAGCCAGAAGAUAGCCAGCACACCAAAUGCUCAUUGUAUGGAAUUUUAAGAGGUUUCAGAAGCAUAGGAUGAAUUGACUUACUCUGACAAGCCCCCUUCUCCUCCUCUUCUUUGUCCACUUCCAGCCUGGGAGGAUCCAAUAUUGACUAAGUUUUCUGUCUGGAGUCGAUAAUAACCCAUCUGGAUUUGGACCCUCAGUGAAUUUGUACAAAGGGGACCUUGUGACACGUGCUCACUUGGACAUAUACUCACUCAGUUACAAUUUGUCGAAAAUGAUCUGUUAUAAUACACGAAGUGAUCUGUUGUUCAUACAAUACUGAUGUCAUAAGAAAAUCACCACUUUGCACAUUUUAUUUGUUCCAGACAGCAAUGAUAUUCCUUUAGUACUUUCUUCCUAGAAGUUAUGUUAGAGACAAACAGAGAAAAAAAGAGAAUAAAAUACUGCAAGUUGCUGAACUAUUGCAAAGAGAAAACAUAGUGGAGUCAGAAAUUCUGCAGGGUGAGAUGUUGAUCAUCCUGAACCAGACACCCGCAUUAAUCAUGGCAUCCAAAGAUUGUGUAGUUAAACCUCUGGCUUUUAAAAGUUGCUCAAACAAACUGGUAUGUUUCUUCAGAUACAUUUUUGCAGGCAGGAAAGGCAGCACAGUAAGUGCUGAGCUGACCUGAAUAUUCAAAAGGCUUUAAUGAGAAUACCUUUACCAUCAAGCAGAUGCUGUGGGUUUUUAUGUUAUUUUUAAGUAGUUGCUUUUGCAAAGUCUGCAUACAGUAGCUCUUAGAGUUACCAUUUGCUUUUCAGAGUGUUUUUCUUUUUGCUGGUUACUGUUUAUUUUUUUAUCAAAGCAUUGCUCUUUCUACAAGUCCCUUUUAGUAUGAAUUUUUAUGACAGAAUAAAGUACUGAGGUUUUGCCAUUAACUUUAGGGGGGUCCGGACUAUGCUAUUUUUACAAGUUGACCACCAACACUUUGUGAGGAAACACAGAGGUAAAGUGUGCAUGAGAGAUACUGAGCAGCCCAAAAGUUGGCUGAUGGGGGUCACUUCUGUGUGUUUGUCAUAGAAAGAGUGUUUGGCUUAAGCUGGAUCUGAAUGGCUUUACUGGGUCAGAUUAAUUAAGUCAGUUGCAUAAACUUGGCAGUAUUAGUCUGACUAGAAACAAUUAACUGGAAAUAAAAAGUUGUCUCCAGGUUGGCCACCCUUGCCUUAUAGAAGCAAUGUGCGUAAUAACUUAAUGGUUUAGUUUUCACACUUUACUUUAGAUAUCAAGUGUACAAUAAAAUAUUUUCACUCACUGCCAAAAUGUACUGGAUGAAAAAUAUACUUUAGUAUUUUAUCUGUCAAAAAGUUAUCUAUUUUGUACAAUAUUUUACAUUUUUGAAUAAGAACACCACUGUAAUUUAUUGGGAAAAGCUGAUCUAUUUUAUAAAUGUAACGUUAUUUUUGUAAACUUAAUUAUGAUAAAUCAGAAAUUAUUAGCUUUGUUAAAUAUUAAAUUAUAAUGAGAAGUAACUUUAUAUGUUUGAACUCUGAUACCAAGUUUUUGUGUUGAGCAUUUGGAAUUGAAAUCGUUGCUGGGAAUGUUUCAAAUGGACUGUUUUUCAUCGAAGCUCAAUAAAGAAAAAUGAA